CCCCGCACGAAGAUGGCGGCGCCCGGCGCCCUGCUGGACUGGUGCGUGCGGCGCCUGCGCGGCGACUUCGGGCUGGACGUGGGCGAGGAGGUCGUGCGCUACAUCCUGUCGAUAACAAGCGAGGACGAGAUCCGUGAGUACGUGGUCGAUCUCCUCCAGGGCACCGAGGGGAGGAAGGGGAGGUUUGUGGAAGAGCUGCUGUCCCGCUGGCAGCAGUCCUCACAGUCACCUGCUGAGCCCUUACCGGCCUAUCGGAAAAAGGAUGAGACUUCAGAGUCACCUCGGGCUGGAGACCAAGCAAAAAAGGGGAAACGCAAAGGAAGGAAUAAACAGGAAACACCUGCAUAUGUGGAGCCCAGCACACAUGUGGAGGAAGUAAAAACCCCCCUCGACCUGGCCAAGGCGCAGGAGAGCAGCACUGCAAGCAGCAGCAAUGCCUAUAAGAAAAAGACCAAAUAUGUCAGCCUGUACACCAAAGAAGGGCAAGACAGGCUGGCUGUCCUGAUCCCAGGCCGUCAUGCCUGCGAGUGCCUGGGCCAGAAACACAAGCUCAUCAACAACUGCUUGGUCUGUGGGCGCAUUGUGUGUGAGCAGGAAGGCUCUGGACCCUGCUUGUUUUGUGGUUCACUGGUGUGCACUAAAGAAGAGCAGGACAUUCUUCAGCGGGACUCAAACAAGAGCCAGAAGCUGCUGAAGAAGCUCAUGGCAGGUGCUGAAAGUUCAGGGAAUUUGGAUGCCAUAAGCAAAGACCUACUGCCUCGGCAAGAAGCUAGACUGAAAGCAGGCCUGGAGAUGGCUGUGAAACACAAAGACAAGUUGUUGGAGUUUGACAGGACAAGCGUGCGUCGAACCCAGGUCAUUGACGAUGAAUCAGAUUAUUUUGCAACAGACUCCAACCAGUGGCUCUCCAAGCAAGAGAGGGAGGCCCUACAGAAGAGAGAGCAGGAACUGCAGGAGCUGCGCCACGCCUCCCGCCUUGCCAAAAAAAUCACCAUCGACUUUGCUGGAAGACAGAUCCUGGAGGAGGACAGUGGGAUGGCUGAAUACCACAGCAAACUGGAUGAAACUGUUGAAGCCAUUAACUGUGGCACACUGAGCCAGCCAGCUGCCAGUCCAGAAGCAAAGAUGACUCUGAGUUCUGGUGUUUUAGUGAAUCCCCAUCUUCUUCAGCCUGCUCCUUUGUGGGUGGACCAAACUGGUUCGCUCCCACUCAGGAGAGCCACCCAUUCCAUGGGUGCUGGAGAAGAGUUUGGCUCAGAGCGGAACAGGCUGCGGAUUCAGGACCGAGAGUUGCAGGAGAUCUCAGAUGAUGGUUGGUGCCUCAGCAUGCACCAGCCUUGGGCUUCCUUACUGAUAAGAGGAAUCAAAAGGGUGGAGGGCAGAACCUGGUACACAUCUCACAGAGGGCGGUUGUGGAUUGCAGCUACUGCCAAAAGACCUUCCCCUCAGGAGAUCUCUGAACUGGAGACCACCUAUAGGAUGCUGCUCCGGAAAGAUGUGGAAUUUCCAAAUGAAUAUCCCUCAGGGUGCCUCCUGGGCUGUGUGGAUGUAACUGAUUGUUUAUCGCAAGAGCAAUUUAAUGAGCAGUAUCCGGAUUUGAGCCAGGAAUCUGGGUCUCCAUUUGUCUUUAUCUGCACUAAUCCCCAGGAGAUGGUUGUGAAGUUUCCCAUCAAAGGAAAGCCCAAAAUCUCUGAUAGAGCAGAGGAGCCUGCUGAUGACUUCUGGGGCCUGGGAGGAGCAGGCAGUCACGCUAAGGAUAAAGCUGACAGCCCCGGACGUGACAGAGCUUUGGCAGUGGGAGACCAGAGCACGGAGCGAGUGUGAAAUCAGCGCUUUUUUCCUGCCAAAUCCCCGCGGUUUGGUGGCUCGGAGGGCUGGCGCGUCGCUUCCGGCCGGUCUGGCUCGGCCCGCGGGGUGCCCGGUCUGCUGCUGUGCGGUUGUGGCAGAGGAGCUGUGCCGAUGCCCUGGGUCCUGGGAGUUGCUCUGAGACGUCUGCCAGCCUCUUGUCCCUGCUCCCCAUUUCAGCCCCAUACACGAACCUUUGCUCAUGUGCUUUUUUUUUUUUUUUUUUUUUUUUGCACGUUUUGGUUUCUGUACCCAGCCCAGAGCAAGGCUGAUGUGAAAGCUGAAGGAGGGGGACAGUUUCAGGGAAGUUGUUGUGAUGGAACAAACAGUUCUAUAAUCCGCUUCUUUUGGAAGAAGCGCUGUUGGAGUCAUCUCUGAGCUCGGUUUGGUGCAGGGUGACAGCAGGGACAGCUCGGAGCCUGGUGCAGCGCAUCCCCACGAGUGCCCCUGACCACCCUGCAGCUGGGCUUGGCUGUGGGCAGGGAGACUGGGUUAGGGUGUGGAAGCACGCUGCCCUCACAAC